AGGACGAGGAGGAGGAGGAGGGGCAGGAGGGUUUGGUUGAGCUGCAGCUGUUUGUCUGUUCGACACAGGCUUCGGCCCGACGGGGGAGACGGAGCCCCAGGACUGUUGAAGCCUGAAGUCCCCUCCCCUUUCCCCUUCCCCCCUUUGCCGCUUUGUGGCAUCCCCCUCCCUCCACCCUUUCCCAUUCUCAGAAUCUAGCCAUGACUAGCAGAAGCACAGCCAGGCCCAAUGGGCAGCCUCAGGCCAGCAAAAUAUGCCAGUUCAAAUUGGUCCUGCUGGGUGAAUCUGCAGUGGGGAAGUCUAGCCUGGUAUUACGUUUUGUCAAAGGGCAGUUCCAUGAGUACCAAGAAAGCACCAUUGGAGCGGCCUUCCUCACCCAGUCUGUUUGUCUAGAUGACACAACAGUCAAGUUUGAGAUCUGGGACACAGCUGGGCAGGAACGAUACCAUAGCUUGGCCCCCAUGUACUACAGAGGUGCCCAAGCUGCCAUUGUGGUUUAUGACAUUACUAAUCAGGAAACCUUCGCCCGAGCGAAGACAUGGGUAAAGGAACUACAGCGACAGGCCAGUCCUAGCAUCGUUAUUGCCCUGGCAGGGAACAAAGCUGACCUGGCCAAUAAGCGCAUGGUGGAGUAUGAAGAGGCCCAGGCAUAUGCAGAUGACAACAGCUUAUUGUUUAUGGAGACUUCAGCCAAGACAGCUAUGAACGUGAAUGAUCUCUUCCUGGCAAUAGCUAAGAAGUUGCCAAAGAGUGAACCCCAGAAUCUGGGGGGUGCAGCAGGCCGAAGCCGGGGUGUGGAUCUUCAUGAACAGUCCCAGCAGAACAAGAGCCAGUGUUGUAGCAACUGAGGGGGUGGCUAGCAGCAAACAAGUAUGGAGCUAGCACGAGAGCUAAGAAAUAACCUCCAUCCCCACCCCUCAGCACACAGCCCCUACGGUAACAGCACACUGAGCCCUGGCUCCCAAGGGCUGCCUCCUGACAGCUCCGUCAUGGCACUUUUUAACGCUUCAGCAACCAACACCAGGCAGCUGUUGCCACUGGCCUCUUACCCCUACUCUGGGGCUUAGGGGUCAGAUCCCCCAGGACUUACCUUCCAAAACAAACUUUCUUCACUUUGUAUUAUAGGUGCAAGACAGAGACCUACUUAUCUUUCCUCCUCCUCCUCCUCAUUUUUUCAGAAAACAUUUUUUUGUCUUUGCCCUUUCCCCUUCUGCUUUUGGUCAGUCCCUGUUCUUGAUCCCCUUUUCCUCCUCUCCCCAGGAUGGAGAAGGUGAUGAACCCAGGAACUGAGGAAGGAGAUUUCCAGUUCAGUCACAUUAAGGGCCCUGGGGGGGGAGAAUAAGGCUCAGAGCAGGAGGGAGUAAGGAAACAGUUCCUUUUUUGGGAGAGGGGGGUUGGAGUUUCUCAUAUGAAAACACUGCAGUCUCCACGAGUUGGCCUUGUGGAGGGUGUUUAUAGGUAGAGGUGAGAAAUGGAAGGCAAGCUCUUGGGUACCGGAUAGGAGUUGUGUUAGUUAGCUGGGCAGAGGUGGAGGAGGUGGAGAUGUAGUGUCACCUGUGGCUCUGGAACUGUUCCAAGGCCUAACUACCCCCUCACCCAGCCUCUUAGGUAGCUCCUCCCCCAUAGUGGGGGAGACUCUGGACCCCAGAGUCCUCCAAAGAAUCUUCACUGGUUGCCUGCAUCUUUGGCUCUGCUGUGAUCUAAUUAGAGGAGGGACCAGUUUCUGAUACCCAUCCUCUGAUUUAUACAUAUGCAUUUCCCCCCACCCCCGGCCUUUAGAUGGCCUCAGCCCCAGCCACUAUAUUCCCCUGCAGUUUGCACUUUAAUUGGUGGUAGUUCAGUUGGGAUACUUGUUUUAUGGGGGUUUUGAUUGAUUUACCUGCCCUCUCACCUUUAAAUUAAAUGGAAUCCAAGGUAGUAUAUAUAUGAGGUUUUGGGAGGGGCUGUAGAGAACAGGACCAGUGGCAGCUACUUAAGCCCGGUCUCCACUGCUUGCUUCCUCCAACUCUGAUUCUUAACCUGUAUUCUUGCCAACCUAGCUCUCGAGUAUAGGUUUGCCUUUCCUGGGGAAUUAACUGAGCAACUGGAGAGCGGUCUCAGGAUAGCCUAGGCCAUGGUAUGGGAGUAAAGAGGGGUCAGGCAAGAGGGAGGAGUUUUCUGUCCUUUCCCAAGGUUCAUGUUCAAUGAUCCACCCAUUACCAUGUCUUUUCUACUUCCCUGUAAAUAGGUAUGAUCUUUAUUCUCACUGUACAGUCUGUUCUGUCCUCCACCUCCUCUCAGGCCCUGUAUCUUUUUCCCUUUGUUAGUAUGUUUGGUUUAGUCCCUCCAUCCUUAUCCUUAUACCCACCCCCAGCCAGUGGUUUAAUCCACAUACCACUAGGGGCUAAUACCACAGAGGCCUACUUGUGGCCCCCUCAUACUGUAACACCUGUUCCUGUGGAUAGGGAACAACUGGCACUGAAGGUCCGUCACAGCUGUCUCACAUCACCAGGGAACGUGGGUGGGUCCUUUCUAAAUCUCUAGCCACUCCUCACAUCCCUCAUCAGGUAUUUUAGGAUGUCUUUGGGAAGUCAUCAAGGCAAGAGAGAACUCUAAACUCCUUGUUCCAACCCAGAGUUUUGGGAAAAUUGGGGGAAGUAAGAUAGGAAAGGUCACAGUGACCUAAGAUUGGAACCUUUCUACCCUUUGAUUUGCAGACUGCCUUCUGUCCCAGAGCAGCUGAAAAAUCCUUGGAGCUGAGACUCUGAAGGACCCAGCUUAGGUUCUUCCACUUAGGACUCAUUUCCCUUCCUUUUCCAGGGGCAGCCUUAGUUCCCGUGGCCCUGAAACACACAUACAUUUUCCCUUUCCUUUCCCAGCACCUACCAGCCUCCCAAAGCACCCAGUGCGUCCUUAUAAGUGGAAGAACUAGGAUAGCUCUCUUAGAUUCCUUAGAAAUGAAGGUUUUUUGGGUUUUUUUGUUUGUUUGUGUGUUUCUCUCUGCAUCUUUCCCCAUGGAACAGGAGUAAAGUGUUUCAUUGCCUUGGGGCUGGGAAACCAUUUCUCCAGGCUUCUUCUCCCCUCCACAGCCCCCUAUGGAACAGGAUUGGCCUUAGCUUCUGGGCCUAUCUGCUGCCUUCCUUCUAUUUCCUACUAGCUCCUCUGCUUUCCUUUGAGCUCUCUUGGGCUUGGGGAUCUUAGUUUUUUAUUUCCCAGCUCUUCCUUUUUUUUUCUUCUGAUCAGUUUUUUUGGCGGGUGGGGUAUCCUUUUCUUUUCUUCUAAGAAAGCAUUUGCCUUUUUCCCCUUUUCUUCCUCUCCCAACAUAACAAUCGUGGUAACAGAAUGCGACUGCUGAUAUACCGAUGUAUUUAAUGUAAGUAAAAAAGGAAAAAAAAAAAAGAAAAGAAAAAUGUA